AUGUUAUAUGCUCAUAGACUUGCACUUUCCACUCUUCUGGAUCGCCUUGGCGAUCUGAUAGAGCUCAUACACUGGAGCGGACUCGCCAAAUUCAUGAACGUCUCUGUCCCACUCACCGAGAUAAAAGCUCUAUUGUCUAGUAAUUACUUCAUGAUAUUUGGAGAGCACAUGUGGAACAAGGCCAUAGAAUUGGUCCAGAAAUGCCACCAAUCCAUCAUCCUCUUGGCCAAGCAAGAACCUUAUUGGCCUCGGCGUCUUGGGUUCAGGUCCCUUGCCAAGCUCAUCGUAGAGACCGAAGGGCAGCUCAACACAUGUAUUGAUGUUCUGAAAGUCAUCACCAUCGCGGCAGUACAGGACCUCGGCGAAGCUGAUAAAAGGGCAAAGGGCUUGGCAUACGCAUUGUCAAAUCAAGAAGACUCCCCCCUCAUCAACUCUGUAACAAAUUACGAUCCUACCAUCCAAUCUCUAGCAACUGUCCGGAAACUCCGACAGGAUGCGAAUGAGUUGUCGGUGUACAUAUGCCGCUCUUUGUCGGACGUCCUGGAUGCAGCCGCUCGCCUUGACGAUCCCGAGAACUGCCCUAGAGGUUUAGAGGAUCACAAGUCCAUGGAUGAAGACGAAGACCGUAGUCAGCUCGCAAAACGCUGGUUUCCAAAGGAGUACCGGGAAGGAGAGCCGGCAUAUGUUAAUAAGCCAUUCGGAGCCUGGGAGCGUAGAAUUGUUGAGAUGACGCAUAGACUCGAAAAAACGGCUGGACACAAACCUAUUCCUAUUCCUGCCGGUGGCCACACUACUGAUCAGGUCGAAGCUGUUCCUGCCGAGCGUUCGGAUCCCUCGGAGGAUGAAGACUGUGAGUUACAUGACAUUUAG